AUGGAUUGUAAGGCUGAGGAGAAAAGAAAGCAGCGUCAUGGCUUGAUUUUAUUUGAACAAGUAAAGAGAAUGAAAGAAUCAACAGAGAUAAUUGAUGUUGUGCUAGUUGCAGAAGGGGAGAAAUUCCCCUGCCAUAAGGUGGUGCUGGCAGCCUUCAGUCCCUAUUUCAAAGCCAUGUUUACCUGUGGCUUGGCUGAAUGCACGCAGAGAGAAGUGGUGCUGUAUGACAUCUCUGCAGAGAGCGUGUCCACAAUACUCCACUACAUGUACAGUGCAGACUUGCACCUCACCAAUCAGAAUGUGCAGACGGUUGCCUUUGCUGCCUAUUUCAUGCAGAUGGAAGAUGUUUGCAGUAUGUGUCAGAAGUACAUGAUGGACCAUAUGGAUGCUUCCAACUGUGUGGGCAUCUACUACUUUGCAAACCACAUGGGGGCAGAAGAUUUAGCUGAUCAAGCAAGGAAAUACUUACAUCAGCAUUUUGCUGAGGUGAGCUUACAGGAAGAAAUAUUAGAGAUUGAAUUCCAUCAGCUGUUGGCUCUCAUAAAAUCAGAUGAUCUGAAUAUUUCCAGGGAGGAGAGCAUUCUGGAUCUCGUCAUUAGAUGGGUCAAGCACAGCAGAAACUCGCGUGUCGAGCACCUUAUUGAGCUCCUGAAGCAAGUGAGACUGGUACUCAUCAACCCUUCCUUUCUUGUGGAAGCCCGGAAAAGGAACACAAUGAUCCUGUGCAACUCAGAAUGCAAUGAUAUGUUUGAGGAAGCACUGAAGAACAUCAAGAUAUCCUCCAGCCACCCUUCUCUCAGCCUGCGAUACGGCAUGGAGACCACUGACCUUCUGCUCUGCAUUGGCAACAAUUCUCUCGGCAUCAGGUCACGGCACGGGAGCUACGCAGAUGCCAGUUUUUGUUAUGCUCCUGUGACAAAGAAGACUUACUUCAUUUCCUCUCCAAAGUAUGGAGAGGGUCUAGGAUGUGUUUGCACUGGUGUUGUCACUGAGAACAAUGAUAUUAUCGUGGCAGGAGAGGCAAGUGCUGCCAAAAUGUCUAGGCAAAAGACCAGGAACAUCGAGAUUUAUAGAUACCACCAGCGAGGAAACCAAUUCUGGCACAGCCUGUGCACCACCCAGCUCCGGGAACUCUAUGCACUGGGCACUGUCCAUAAUGAUCUCUAUGUAAUAGGAGGGCAAAUGAAAGUGAAAAAUCAGUAUGUGGUCACAAACUGUGUGGAGAAGUAUUCCAUGGAGCAAGGUACCUGGAGAAGCACGGCACCUCUGCCAGUGCCAUUAGCCUGCCAUGUGGUGGUGACAGUGAAGAAUAAGCUCUACGUGCUAGGUGGCUGGACACCACAGAUGGAUCUGCCCGACGAUGAGCCCGAUCGAUUAAGUAACAGAACGUUUCGGUACGACCCGGGCCAAGACAAAUGGACAGAAGGGGCACCAAUGAAGUACUCCAAGUACCGCUUCAGCACAGCCGUGGUCAGCAGUGAGAUUUAUGUCUUGGGAGGAAUUGGGUGCCUGGGUCGUGACAGGGGACAGACACGGAAAUGUCUUGAUGCAGUGGAGAUUUAUAACCCUGAUGGAGACUUCUGGAGGGAUGGACCUCCUAUGCCUUCUCCUCUCCUCUCCUUACGGACAAACUCUACCAGCGCAGGCUCCGUGGAAGGGAAGCUGUACCUCUGUGGAGGAUUUCGUGGAGCAGCUCGUCAUGAAGUUAUCACCAAAGAGAUCCUCGAGCUGGAUACGUGGGAGAACCAGUGGAAUGUGGUGGCCAUCAAUGUUCUCAUGCAUGACAGCUACGACGUCUGCCUCGUUGCUCGGCUGAACCCGCGGGAUCUUAUCCCUCCUCCCCCCGAUUUAGUGGACCAAUAG